ACCUUUCAGUUUCACCCCUAGAUGCCACCAUUCUGUCCCUAGGUUUCUAAAAUAUCUACAUGCAAGGGUAUCACUAACCAUAGUCAUCCUCAAAACUUUGUGAAGUUUCACAGUCAGUUUAUAAAAUUCUCAAGGAUAAAAUAGUUCAUCUCCGGGGUUAGUUGGAUAGUAAGUUGAUUAACCUCAAGUUACGUACCUUUUUUGGGAAAGAAUUAUAAAGGUGCAUAUGCCAGGUUGACAGAGUUCAAAGGUGUGCAGGCUUAUGGCAUUGUGGGGUUGAAUUUCGCUGAUGAUAUAACCAUAAAGGUGUGAUCUUUUAUGUCUAAACCUUCGUUUUGGAAAAGGGUUUGGUAUGGUUAAUGACAGUGGUUUCAGCUUACUAUUCUAUCCUGUAACCUGAAAGUACUAAUAAAAACUUGAGUUUAGGACGGUCUCAAGAAGAUUGAAGCAGUUGGAAGGCGGAAUCAGAGGAAGAAGGAGAUGGAAGGAAGGGGGUUUUCUGGGCUAUAUAAGAACACAAGUGAAGAGUUGUUUCUGAAGACAGUGAUGGAAAGUCCUCUUGGAAUGCCAGCACCAACCAUGGAGAUGUUGGGUUUCAAGGCCGUUUCUCAAAGUUUUCGCACGGACAGUGAGGAGCUCUUCAAACGCUGGCUAACAAAUGGAGAGGCUUACAAUUCAACAAGCAUCGGACAUAAUAGUCGAUUAUCACAGAGGAUAUCCACUGACCUAGCCAAUUUGUCUAAUCCACAACAUGUUGGUGUGAUUUCAGAGGAAAAAAGCAAUGAAAAAGUAUAUACACAAGAAAACCUUAUGGUCGAUGAUGCUUCUUUUGAUUGUAGUGAAACUCCAAUCAGAGAUGCUGCUGAUAGAGAGCUGCAAGCUGGUAACUUGUUUCUGGCAAAGGCUUGGUUCCUUAGUGAUCAGCGAAUGACAAGAAGCCGGUCCUCGGAAUUGAGGCGAAGGUAUGUUGAAAUGCAAAAUGCACAAGCAACACAAGGUAUGGAGCCCAUACCCCUGGUCCCUCGUGAUGGCGUUGCUGAAACAUUGAAACAAGAAGGUUCAAAUGUAAAUGGCUUUGGUUACCUUUCUCCUUGCGAGCUUCCAAACCAGAAGGCUACCUUCAUGUCUCCAUCAAACUCAUCUUCAUCUACCUUCAAUACACCACGAAUGGGUGAUGCAGAUAAAGUUUCAACUUGUGUGAGCAUGCUAAAAGGUACAUUGGAACGUAAGAGACUCAGCAAUCAUAUAGAGAAAGAAGCUGCAGAGGAUAGCUCCAAUGGCAUCUUUGGUGCUCAAAGUGAUUUUGCCAAAACUGUUUUUAUGGAAGGACAAGAAAACUGGAUUUAUCAGAUGCAAAUAAAUUUCCGAGGAGCAUCUAAUGGUGAAGUUAAGGACCGUGGAGUUCCACAAACGCUUGAAGGAUCUAUGAACCUUGACAUGGAUAGUUUUGCAAAUCAGACAAACGCAAUAUGUGUUGGAACAGCUUCGCGAGAACCAUCUCAAAGUGAAUCUUCUGCUGCUGCACCAGUAGUUUCAUCUGGUUUAGAUGCAAUUGAAGGUCCAAGCAUCUCAAGUCAAACACCAUGUGAAAACACAUGGAAACAAGUGGGAGUGAGUAAAAAUUCAGAAAAUAGAGUCAAAGGUUUCAGAGAACAGAUAAUGGAUAAUCUGAAAGAUGAUCGGAAGAGGAGAAGUCUAGAAAGAUAUGGAUCUGUAACAUCAGCUGUAUCAGAGGACAAGGGGGAUGCCACAAAAAAGCGGCGAGUGGAGCGAUCAAGGAAAAUGGCUGAGGCGAAGGAAAGGAAUUCGACGCCACCAGUUCCAUCAGAUAUGCAAGCUGUCUUGAAGCGAUGUGAAAACCUUGAGAAGGAAGUUAGAUCCCUUAAACUUAAUCUGUCCUUCAUGAACAGGAAGGAUUCUGAGCAAACAAAGCAGAUAGAGGAACUUCAAAAGCAAAACGAAGAAUUAGCAGAUGAAAAGGAGCGCCUUUUAGAGGAAAUUGAAAGGAUUGUAUCAGAAACCGGCAAGAUUUAAUAUUUGGUUUCAAUCCCAUUAAUCUUUUACCUUCCUCAGAAACAAUGUGGUAGCCCAGACAGGCUGUGAUAAAGGGGAAAAACAAUCACCACGAAGUCAAGAGUUUUAGCGACCUGAUUACCUGAGAACCUCCGGAGUCUCCGCAAAACAUUUGUUUAUCUCUGAAUGUCACUGGCAUGCCCAUGUAAUAGUGAAAUGCUAAGUCUUAACAGUUAUCAAUGUUUGUGAUUUUGGAAGCUCGGUCUAGAAUACGAUUCCAAAAUUUUUUUGACAAAUCUUAGCAUGAAAUCCUCAUAUAUGUAAGAAAAAUUAUCACUGACAGAAAGACAUGACACUUCGACGAAAACUAGGAUAUUCAAGCGGUGAACUUUGAAUU